ACGAGGGAAAUUGCACGACGCGGGUCGCUCUUAGUGACCUUUGCACCGCAGAUACUUAUUUAAUUAGCAUCAAUCACUGUUUUCAGAUUUUAUGCUUGUCUCUGUGGUUCAGGGGUGAUUGCGCGGUUUUUCGGGUCAAUUACUCCGGCAUGGGGUGCCAAUUACGGAAGUUCGGUCGAUUGGCUCAUUGAAGACGAAUUGCCUCGAUCAAUAGACUAGCCUUGAACCAUUGACUUUCUCGAUCACUUGAUUCCUUCCACCACUCAGCGGUGCUUCGCACGCUCCGUUGCUCCGAAAUAAUGGAUCAGUAUAAUUCACAAGAGUACGAAGAUGACGAAAAAUUCGAAACCAGCAAUUUCCUUCCCGAGAGCUUGAAGAGGGGGAAGGGCUCGCCGGACUUGACGUGGAGAGACUCGGUGCCUCAGAUAAUUGCGAGCUGUAUGGCGUACUGUGUGGUGAUACAGGCAGGAGCUAAUAUGGCUUACAGUACAGUAUUAGUCGGUAACCUUCAGUCGCAAAAGGACGAGAUCAAGAUCAAUGACGAUCAGGCGUCAUGGAUAGCAAGUCUCGUGACAAUAUCCCUCCCCCUGGGCUCCCUCCUCUCAGGUCCCUUAGUGGACCGUUUCGGUCGUAAAACCGUGUGCAUCAUGACCUGCGUCCCUUCCACCCUCUCCUGGCUCCUCCUCACCUUUUCCCACUCCCUCGCCAUCAUCUACACCGCGAGGGUAAUCGCGGGCAUCUCAGCGGGAAUGUCAACAGCCUCCAUCGUCUACGUCAUCGAGAUCACCCACCCGAACAUUCGGGCGAUGAUGCUGUGCCUGAACUCCGUCUUCGUGUCCUUGGGGAUUCUCAUCACGUGUGUUCUAGCGCUCUUCCUGAAUUGGCGGAAAAUAGCCAUGGUGUUCACUGCACUGAACACUUCAUUCUUAUUUUUACUCUUUAUCAUCCCCGAGAGCCCUUAUUGGCUCAUCUGCUUCGACAAUCAGAGCGAUCAGUCAACUGAUGAGUCAGCGAAUCAAACACUCGAUCAUGGCGGGAAUCAAGUCGUGAAGCAAUCAGAGAACCAAGAACUGAAUCAAGCAUUAGCUGAGUCAAUCGACGAGUCAGUGAAAUCAUCGAGUCAAGUCGUAGAUCAAGCACUGAUCGAUUUUCUGCAUCAAUCACUUAAUGAAUCAUCAAGUGAAGUACCAAGUGACUCACCAGAUCAAGUACUGCAUCAAUCAGUGAAACAAGCACUUGAUAAACUGCUGUAUCAAUGGCAAAAUGAGUCACGGAAUAUAAUACCAAAUGCCUCGCCAAAUCAAGCACCCAAUGACUCUCUAAAUCAAGUACUGAUUCAGUUACGGAAUCGAGUACUAAAUCAACUACUGAAUGACUCGCAAAAUGAGUCACCGAAUCAAGUACGGAAUCAAGCACUUGAUCUAGCAACCAAUAACUCUCUAAAUCAAGUACUGAGUCAAGUACAGAGUCAAGCACUAAAUCAAUCACCGAAAGCCUUACAAAAUGAGUCACCCAAUCAAGUUCAUAAUCAACCACUUGAUGAAUUACUGACUCAAUCACCACAUCAAACAACCAAUGACAAAUCACAUCAAGAGCGAGAUCAAGUGCUGAAUCAAGCACUGACUCAUCUACUAAAUCAAGCCCUAAACCACCAAAAUAAUCUACCGAAUCAAGUGCCUAACGACUCACAAAAUAAAUCACCGAAUCAAGCACCAAAUCAUCUCCCGAAACCCUUGACCCCCUCAAACCGUCUGAAGACCCACCGUCGAAGACGCGCAGAAAGAUACCUCCACUGGCUGAACCCCCGCGAUCACAUCUACCACCAGGAGCUCAAUCGAAUAGAAGAUGCCAACCUUUCAAAACCCAAAAUGGCGGACGAAGCGGAGGGCUCCCAGAAAGGAUCGCUGCGCAGUUACAUCGAGGCAUUGAAAUCUCCAACAGUCUACAAGCCUAUCUGCCUCCUCCUCGUCAUUCUCCUGGUGCAACAGCUCUCCGGAGCUUACGUCGUCAUCUUCUACGGCAUAUCCGUUUUCCGGGAGAUUGGAGGAACCUUCGGAAACGGAUUAAACGAAUAUGGUGCCCUCGUUCUCCUCGGCAUCAUCAGAUUCAUCAUGAGCAUAAUCACGUCCGUCUUAUCCCGGAAGAUUGGCCGGCGGGUUCUUAGCAUCACUUCCGGUCUUGGAAUGGCCUUCUCCAUGUUCUUCUCAGCCAUGUUGAUUUUCCUAACUUCUGUCUGCGGCGAGGCGACAGACGACGAGGGAGGUGAGCACGGCGUGGGCCAGCAGAAGUGGAUGCUCCUGGUGAUUGUUCUCUUCUACGUCUGCAUGAGCUCCUUGGGAUUUGUCGUUAUACCUUGGUCUCUCAUCGGGGAGCUUCUGCCUAUUAGCUUCAGGGGGGUGGGAGGGGGGAUAAUGGUGUCAGUGGCCUAUGUUAUUAUGUUUGGGGUGGUGAAGAGUUAUCCCUUUGCUCUCAAGACCAUGGGAGCACAGAAUGUCUUCUUCGGGUUCAGUGUCGUAUCGCUGAUUGGGACUGCAGUUGUUUACUUGUUUCUGCCGGAAACGUUGGGGAAGAGUCUUAAGGAGAUUGAGGAGUAUUUUGAGGGGAGCGGGAGGAAGGCCUCGGGAGGGCGGAAGGAGAGGGAUGGGAAGGUUUAA